AUGGUGAAGGCUAACAAUGUAGACAUGUCUCUCGACGACAUCAUCUCGAAAACCAGGAAAACAAAUAGCAGCAUUCAGAAGAAACCGUUCAGUGGAAACAGACGUGGAAACGGAAGACCCAGCGGAAUCCCACGUCGCUCAGGCGGAUCCAGUGGUGGAUGGAGAGACCUCGACGCAGUCAGCAACCAUGGUAUCACUAGCAGAGGAAACGAUAGCAAAAUAAUUCGAGUCAAUAUCUCGAAUCUCGCUACCACCGUUAUCUCGAGCGACUUGGAAGAACUUUUUGGAGACUACAAGCUCCACUCGGUUUCAGUCAAUUUCAACGAGCAUGGCGAAUCCCUAGGAACUGGCGAUAUCUCGCUUGCAAAGCGAGAUGCGGACAGACUUGUCCAAAAGUAUAGUGGUGUCGCUCUCGACGGAAAGAUGAUGAAGUUCGCUGUCAUCGAUUCAAGCAACAUCGCUGGAAGAGUUGACUUUGGUAACAGAUCACGCAGUUCCCAGGGCAGUUCUGGGCGCGGCUUCCAGUCCGGACCACGCAGAUUCAACAGAAAGCCAGAAGAUUUCCUCCGUGACGGAGUCCACGAGGGAGAUACCAAGAGAGGAGGAUCUGGCCGUGGCGGUUUCCGUAAAGGAGGACGAGGAGAUCGUGACUCAAAGCCAAAGAAAACUGAAGCAGAACUCGACGCUGAACUUGAAGCCUAUAUGGCCAAGCGCAAUGCCUAA